AUGUCCUUUCUGAACCAUAACCGUGGGAAACGGGACCCUUUUUCCCUCAACGACGGGGACCGGAGACAAACGAGCGCGGAGAUUGUUACCGAGGCUCGCCGAUCCCUCCGGACACUCCGGACCCAGAGACCCUUCACCCCGAGAGAGGAACAUAGACAGCUUUUUGGAGAGACGUCUUCUCGGCCACGCGACGGCCGUCCCCCGUCCGCAUUCAGCCUUCACGCUCGGAAUUUCGAAGCUCCUGAUUCGAGACCGAGUUCAGGAACCCGCCUCUCACCUUUGGAUCACAAACCCAGGUUACCUGUUGCUCCAGAUGGCAGUUUUUGGGAGGGUGGGGCAGCUCUCCCCAAGCCCCCAUCUGAGGGGCCAGACCUCAGGAGAACAGCAGGAGGAGCUGGGUCCAAACACCACAGGACGAAGUCCCUCCCCAGACUUCCACCUGUGUCUCAACACACAGAGGAGGAGGCCGAGCGUGGCCGUGGAAACGCAGCAGGAAGCGACGACACAGAUGACUCUGUGUUCUGGAACUCUGAGAUCCUUCCUGUUUUGCAGGAGCUUGAAACCGCUACUGCUCCAGGCAGAGCAGCUACUGAGGAGGUCGUGGAGCAUCUGUGCGAGGCUGGUACCCGUCUCCACGAUGCCCUAAAGCAGAAAGGCAUGCUGGGAAGGCGUUGUAAGAAGAGGUCCAGCCUCCUUAGGGUCCUGUUCAGGCUGAUAGACCUGGGAUCAGACCAGCUGAAUCUUACACUGGCCAAACUCAUACUAGCACUCAGCGUCAGCGGAAACAACUUGUUGAACAUCUGCAAACUCGUCUUCAAAAUCAGCAGGAGUGCCAGCAACGACGUCCUCUUCCAGAAUAACUCGAUUAUAGAUUCCCUCCUUUCCUUGCUGCAGACUGGGGAUUUGUCUACUUGCUGCGAGGCUGUGCUGUAUUGUGUGGGUUCACUGAAGCUGCUGUCAGGGAACAGUGCCCUCUCUAGGCUGCUACUGGCUAAAGACCUCAUACGAAUCCUGCUCCAGCUCUCCCAGAGGCUCCUACAGGGACACACCACUGAUACAACACCUGAUUUGGCCUACCAGAAAACCCUUUGGCCUGACACAGCCUAUCAGAAACCGUCUGCACCUGAUACAGCGAAUCAGAAAGUCCACAGACAAAGCCAGGAGGCCACUACAGGACACAUACUUGUGCAGCUGACAGCGACCCUGCGAAACAUGGCUGACCUUUCAGAUUCUCGCCCCGCCUUCCUGUCCAACAGAGCCUUCCUGUCUCUCUGCGCGGUUCUGGAUCAUCACAGAGAUGACCCGGACAUCUGCAUUAACGUGGCCCGAAUAUUCAGUAAGUUGUCGUCCUACACUGAGUGCUGUCACGCGUUGGCCGAGACCCCGUCCUGCUACCGGCUCUUUUUGUACCUGCUGGUCAAAUACAACCGGAAACAGGAUCUGGUCGUGCGUCUCCUGUUCUCGUUGGGAAAUCUCACUGCCAAAAACAGUGAGGCAAGAGAGAGGCUCUUCGAGGAAGAGGGUGGCAUCGCUGUCCUGCUGAAACUCUUCCAAACCUAUCAGGGGACAGAGCCUGUCCCAGACGGCCCGACGGCCCUCCACAAACCUCCUCCGCCCCCCAACCCAGACAGAGAGGACGUGCUGGUGAAACUGAUUAGAGUGUUGGCCAAUGUCUCCAUCCACCCCACAGCGGGCACCGCGCUGGCCGCCAACGCAAUCUGUGUUCAGCUUCUGUUGGGAGUAUUAGAGGUCAGGUCAGUUGAGGAGAGUGAGGAGUUGGUGGUGAACGCAGCUGCCACCAUCAACAACUUGUCCUUCUACCAGGGAGAGAGUUCAGUGGUCCGUGCCCGACACAUACACGUCUCACAGUUGAUGCUGAAGUUGUUAUUGAGCACCAGUAUGGAGGGAAUGCUGGAGGCCACUCGUGUGUUUGGAAACCUAUCUCAGAUCAAGGAGGUUCGACAUUUCAUCAUGCAGCGAAAAGUGCAUCAGUUUGUGAUGAGCCUAUUGGACUCUAAGAAUCCUGACGUGUGUUUUUCUGCCUGUGGCGUUCUUAUAAACCUCUCUGUGGAGACUGACAACAGAGCCGUGCUAAAGGAAGAGGGAGUUAUACAGAAGCUGACUGACUGUCUGCGAGACUUUGGGCCUGUGGACUGGCAGUUGGCUGGUCUAGUGUGUCAGACGCUGUGGAACUGUACGGAGGAUGGUCUCCAGCAGCACACGCACGACCUCCUCACGAUUCUGAAUCUCUACCUAGACCAAGACGCGGCGCUGCCCUGGGUCUCAGACGGCGACGGCGACGACGUCGCAGAGUUCCGCCGGGCAUGCUGGGAACUGGAGUUCUUGCCCGUCGCUCAGAAGCUUAGGAACCGCAUUCAGAGUCAGGUGACCUCACCGGAGCCAAUCGGCGAAGCCUCUUGA